GUUGUUGAAGGCAUUCUUAUUUUAGAUUAUGAAUACAAAUAUGUAGUAUUCUACAACAAGGUCCUCUAGAGCUGAUGGAAUGAUACAAAUCCAAUAUAUUAUUAUAUAACAAAAUAUCCUAUUGCUUGAAACAAAAAAAUAACAUUUUAGCUAGCAUUCUUCUCAUGCGGAUCCUUCCCGGGGUGGAAUGUAGAAUCCAGGAGCCUAAAUAAGUUGGACCGGAACCGGAUGCCAGCAAGUUUCUAUUCAAAUUGAUGAGCAUAGGGGAAUACUGAAAAAGCUCAAUGAUGCUUUACUGAAGACACUUCAAAUGGAAAAACACACACUUUCCUCAACAUGCCUUGCAGCAACCUGGCCUCUUGGACGGCUUAUGUGAGUUCAAGUGAGUAAGUGACUGCCCUUGAGUACAAUAGAGACUAUUCUGACAUUUCCACCAUGAACCCCAACAGUCUGUUUGGGAGGCAGCAGGGAGGAGCUUUCCAGGCUCCCAGCAACACUAACAAGACUGGUGGCAUGUUCCAGGCCUUCAGACAGGAGGGCUCCACCAACCCUCCACAGAAUGUAGCAUUUAGGCAAACUGCAACAUUCGGGCAACCGUCUGCCUUCAGUCAGCCGUCAGUCUUUGGUCAGUCUCCGGCAUUUGGGCAGACGCCUUCGCUUGGACAAGACUCUGUUUUUGGGCAAAGUGGAGGACUAGGUCAGGUGUCAGGGCAGACCUCGACAUUCUCUUCAAUAAGUCAGCCUCCAGCCUUUGGUCAGGCCUCAUUGGGGCAGGGUAGCUCUGGGUUUAGUGGUGUUCCCCCGCCAUCGUAUGGUCAGGCCACCGGACAGAGUCAGAGUUCUGGGUUUGGACAGAUGCCUGCUUUUGGACAGAGCUCUGCCUUUGGGCAGCCACCUGCAUACGGGCAGCAGCAGACCCCGGCGUUCGGCCUCUCCUCUGGGAUCUCCCAAGCUUCCUCUGGCCCCACCUCUACCACCACCGCAGGGUCAGCACAGCCUUUGAGUUUUGGCCAGUCGCCCGUUGGCCAGCCGCAGCCCAGCGCCACCACCACCUCCUUUGCUACAGCUCAGAGUGUUGUCCAGAGUGGAGGCUUCAGCACGUCAGAAUUCAGCUUCAAGCCGUCCAACGAGGUGCUGUUUAAGCCCAUCUUCAGUGCCAGCCCAGAGCCGGCUAACUCCCAGCCCGCUGCUGCAUCCGAGCAGCCCUUCGGUGGCGCCACCACCACCCAGCCCUCUUUCAGCACCAAAGACAGCAGUGGGCCAACCAGCUCAGGCUUCUCUCUCCUGACCGGAGCCAAGAGUGGCCCACUUGGCUUCAGCUUCUCCCAGCCGGCGGUGGCCCCCUCCAUCUCCGCUUCCAUUGCCACUACCAGCCUGGCCCAGAAAGACCCUCUCAGCAUAGGCUCCGGAAGGAGCCUGCAGUUCACAUUCUCCCAGCCAUCCACUCUAUCCAGCACUAACUCCAGCUCCAGCACCGCCGCCCCCCAACCAGCCCCGGUCCCCAGCAGCCCCUCCUCCUUCAUCUUCUCUACCAAAGUCCUCCAGUCCCAGCCCGCGCCCCCGAUGUCCCUGUUUGGAGGAGUCAGCUUCGGCCAGACCUCUACAUUCGGAGACCUCAAAACCGAGGCCUUAGCCGAGGAGAAAGUUGGCGAUGAGGAGAGCACCAGGGAGGGGACAGUGUUUGGGAGACUUGGAAAAGGAACUAAGCGGAAGGAGGAGCCAGUGAGUCCCAAAGCCGCUCCAAGGAAGCCUGCCCAAUCAGAGGACAACCAAGCUGAAACCAGAGCUGACCUACCCAGACACCCCUCGAAACGGCCUCUCCUGAGGUCCUCCCGCGGCCCCGUGGGUGGACUCUUCUCCAGGGCAAUGAGUGGCAUUAUGAAAUCCACAGCCAACUCAGUGAGGAGGGACCCCGUGAAGGAGGAGCAGCAGCCUCCAGGAUGGGGGGAGGGGGAGAGAGCAGACACACAAGCUCCGAUCAGUCUCAGACCUGCUACUCCUCCCAGUGCUCAGGCCCCCACCAGAGAGGUUCUGGAGAAAGCAGAGGUGACUGGUUCGGUGGAAGCCCCCGACCCAGACGCUGAGACCAAGACCCCAGCUAGGAGAAGGCAGCGCGGCGAGAGCACGGACAGCCUGGGGGGCAUGUCCCCCACCGACGCCACCAUCCUCCAGUGCAAGAGCGUCCCACUCAGCCUCAACAAAAAGAACGUCAUAGAAAAGCACUUUGGCCGCUUUGGGAAAGUCUGCCGGGUCUACUGCCGACCCCAUAAGAACCUGGCUAUCGUCCACUUCCAAGACCACGCAUCAGCAGCAAAGGCAAAGAAGAAGGGUAAAAUGCUGCACAGACAGGAAAUUGCUAUCUUCUGGCAGAGAAAGAAACACAGCCCGGGGAAGAAAGGCGAUCGAGCCCCAGAGGGAAAGGAGGAAGACCGGGACAACCAGGUUUCAGACACCAGUCUGGGGGGCUUCCAGUCCUCCUCUCCACUGAGGAAGCCACUCCCCAGAGCCCCUGCCCUCAGCAGCACCGUCAACCUCAGCAGGAGCUCCCCAGUGAAGAAGCCGUCCAUAGCCAAGUCCCUGCAAUUUGAAAGCGAGCCCCAGCAGGACAGCAGCUCCGAGGGCCAGAGCUCUGAGCGCCCAGUGCCCUCCUCCCUCCUCCACCUGAUUGGCCAGGUGGCUGAGACAGCCGAGGAGAAGUACCGCUUCCUGGAGCAGAGGGACAAGAUCUUGCGAGCUGGGCGGCCCAAACGGACAGACCUGGAGCUGUCUUUCUUUGUGGGGACAUGCCCGGACAUGUGCCCUGAGAAGGAGCGCUACAUGAGGGAGACACGCAACCAGCUCAGUUGCUUUGAGGUCGUCCCAGACACCGAGAGGGUGGACCACGUGGCAGCCAUCAAGGAGUACAGCAGAUCGUCGGCGGACCAGGAGGAGCCCCUCCCCUAUGAGCUGCGUCCCCUCCCCGUGCUCAGCAUGACCAUGGACUACCUCGUCACACAGAUCAUGGACCAGGGCCACGACAACUACCGCGACUGGUACGACUUUGUGUGGAACAGGACCCGCGGCAUCCGUAAGGACAUCACUCAGCAGCACCUGUGCGACCCCCUGACAGUGUCGCUGAUCGAGAAGUGCACCCGCUUCCAUGUGCACUGUGCCCACCACCUGUGCCAGGAGCACAUGAUGACGUUCGACGCCAAGAUCAACAACGAGAACAUGACCAAGUGCCUGCAGAGCCUGAAGGAGAUGUACCAGGACCUGUCCACCAGGGGUGUCUACUGCCCCCAGGAGGCUGAGUUCCGCCAGUACAACGUGCUUCUCAAACUAGACGUUGGGGACGUCCUCCGUGAGGUGCAGCAGUUCAGGGACGAGGUGCGCAACUCUCCAGAGGUGAAGUUUGCCGUGCAGGCAUUCGCAGCUCUCAACAGCAACAACUUCGUACGCUUCUUCAAGCUGGUGAAGUCUGCCUCCUACCUGGCGGGCUGCCUAUUGCACAGAUACUUCAACCAGGUGAGGGGCAAGGCCCUGAGGACCCUGAAUAACGCCCACGUAGCGGGCUCUCAGAGGUCCACCAUCUUCCCCCUGGAGGAUCUGGUGCGCAUGCUCAUGUUCGAAGACGCUGCUGAGGCCACAGACUUCAUCCAGCAAUUCGGCCUCAACGUUAGUGGCGGCUUGGUGGAACUGAGCCGCACGGCCUGGCAAGAGCCAGACCUGAACCUGCCCCAAGUGAAGUCAGACGUCAUCAUGGCCAAGAGGUCUGUGCUGAUUGGGGAGGUGGUAAACGGAGGACCACUGCCCAACCCGCCCCAACAUUCCCCCAUCUGCAGCUUCGACGCCCACAACAAGUACUGCGGGGAGGGUCCGCUGGCAGAACCAACGCUCACUGCCGUCUUCAGGAGCAGCCCGGUGGCUGUAACGGUGCCAGCCUUCACCCUGCAGAAGCAAGAAGUCAAGGCCCAGCCGGAGGUUGAGCUCCAGCCACAGAACAAACCCGUCAGGCUGCUGGCAGAGCCACGACUCUUCGGGGAUCUUCCCCCACCGUACCCCGGCCUUGUCACUGCCACCGAGCCUGCCCAGCCAUUGCAGGGCACAGAUGAGACAGGGGAACCAGAGCCCGCCCAACCCACUGUCCAGGUUCACCCUGCAGCAGAUCUCCAACAGCAGCUGUUCCAGCCCAUUGAUGUUGCCCAGACCCAGCCUGUCAGACCCCCCUCGCCCCCGCCCAAACCUGAGCCAAUCUACUCUGACGAGGACAUCCUGGCAGAACUGGAGUGCGUGGUGGAGGAGGUGCUGGAGGCGGUGGUGCAGGAGGUUGCCAGCGCUGGGGCCGACUACGCUGCAGCUGCUCUCGGUGCGAGCAGUGGCCACAUGGAGGCGGUGGUGAGCGAGGUGGUGGAGCAGAUGCUCCGGGAGGUGUCCAUAGCCGAGAUCCAAGCAGAGCGAGAGAGACUCGCCGAGGAAAAACGCAGGAUCGAGGAAGCCAGGAGAAAGCAGGAGCACGAAGUCUUCCUGGCCCAGUUUAGUGACUCUCUCUGUUCUGAGAUCAGCCAAGAGGUCUUGACCGAGUGUAUCCAGGAGACUGCCGCCUCCGAGAUCCAGUUAGCCACGGAGGAGGAGGCAGCAUGUGUGGCACGCUGCUCUGAGGAGGUGUGCAGCUUCCUGGUGGAGGAGACCCUGGAUAAAGAGAUAUUCCUCAUGGUGGAAGACAUCCUGGAGGCGGAGCUACAGCGCAUACAGAAGUACAUUAAGAGGUGGCGCGACGUGGUGGCAGUACGCAGGCAGCUGAAGAGACAGAUGCGGGGCUUCCCUGCCGCCCCCUGCUGUGUGGACCCCCGCUACAAGCUCAAAGCCCUGGCUCCCAGUGCCCCCUCCCAGCCUUCUAUGGACUGCCUGGCCAGGGGCAUGGUCAACCUGGGAAAUGCCGGCUACAUGGCCCUGUCCAGCACCAGGUUGCUAAAGAUGAGAAAAGAAGCAAUCCAUCAGAUGCGAGUCCACUUCUACUACCAGCAGCUGUUGAAUGAGUCAGUGUGGACUCCUCUGGACAUGCCUACGCUGGUGGUUGAGAACGUUCCUAACCCACCUGACAGAAUCUUCUGGAAGGCCACCCUGCUGUUGCCCAGCGACCACGAGAGUGUUGCCAGCGUCGCCGACAGGAUCCUGACAGACUGGCUGGAGACGAAGUUUGGCAUAGAUGAAAGUGCAAACGACACCGAGCAGGAGGGGACACUGAGGACUCUCUGCAUCACCAAUGGACUCAGGGAAGCAGGAGAGAAGACUCACAAAGUACACAUCAGCAUCAAGGCAUCUCGGGGCCCACUGAGUGAAGAGGGCCUGUCCAAUUUGGAGGAGGCCCAGGAGCUCCAGGGUACAGGGGCCCUGCUGAUGCUGCUGCCUGCCCCCAGCCCAGGCAGCGAGGACCAGGACGUGCCCAUGCUCUCCGCUCUGCUCCAGCUCAAACAGCUCCAGCAGGCCAACAUCUGGGACUGCCCGCUGCCCCUUGCCAUAUUGGUGCCUGGCCCCCACAACACACAGAAACUGGAGGAAGACCUGAUGCUCCAGACGUUGGUUGAAGACGGUCUGAUAUCAGAACACGUGUUCGUCCACAUCCCAGAGACCACCAGCGACCUACAUGGCUCAGAGCAGGUGAGCCAAGCGGUACGCUGGCUCUUGGCACGUGCCCCAGCGCCCUCCCUCCUCUCCUCCCAGACCCUGGUGCACUUCGUGGAGGCCGGGCUGGGCCGUGAGUUCAGUGCCCGCCUCUACAGCCACCGGCAGGACCGGGCGGGGGCAGGGCUGGCGCGCCAACACCCAGCCCCUGUCAUCAAACUCUACAAUGCUGUGCUGGCAUUCCUGGCUGACCUAGUGUCUUCCCAGUGCCUCUCCAGCCUGUCCUGGCCUCCGGGGGAGUUUGCCCUGCCUGAGACCCGGGACUUGGUGCCACACCUGGGUUGGAACUCUCCCCAACACCUGGCCUGGCUCCGGACAGCUGUAGUCAGCUUGCAGAUACCCAGCUGGGACAUGCCUGCUAACACAGCCUCCUGGCCCCAGCUGUGUUCCGCCAUCUUCCAGUACGCCGGCCAGAUCCCAACUUCGCGCCACAGCCAGCCCCUCCUCAUGUCCCGUCUGGAGAACCUCCUGGAGAAGGUGCGCUGUUCCACGGCAAGAGCCCAGGACCACUGGGAGGAGGAGGGCCCAUCCUUCCAGCAGGUCCCCUGGGACGAGGUGGUGGCUCUCUGCAUAGACCAUAAGCUGAAGGACUGGCAACCCCCUGACAGCCCAGUUUGUGACGAUGCAGUGACAGAAGAUGGAGAGGUCCUGGUCUACUUCCCCAAGGAGGGACUGAAGGGCUUCCAGCCCCCGGCAGAGUGGACGGAGGCGGUCAGCCUCACACACAGAGAGAAGCAGCAGGAGACACAGGGAACCAGUCCAGGAGGCCUUGCAGCUCUCCCUCCCUUCAGACAGAAGCUGUUCCGGAGCCUGGUGGAUCGGCCAGACCGCUUUGCCCCCUGCCACACUCUGGACAUCACACACACCCCCUCACCCCGGGACCUGCUGCCCCACAAGGUCCUCCACGGUCUCCAGGAGGAGAGGGCACACAGCCAGAGGUGUGAGGAGCAGCUGCAGCGUUGGCUAGAGGUAGAGCCCUUGGACUCUCUCUCCAUGCCCCUCUUCAUGCCCUCUAGCCUGCUCUCCACAACUAACAUCAUGGCCCCCAUCCGUACUUCUGGUGGUGCGUCCACUGCUACACAGGAGGCAGAAUCAGAAGACCCUUUGGAGAAAGCAGAGCGUGAUUGGCUCAAGGGUGCUCCUGUAUCCAUGGCGCAGCGCCUGAAGGAGCUGGAUAGGCUUUUAUUGGCCAGUCGGGAGGAGGAGCUUGCGUGCGGGCUCAAGCUGAACAGCUUAUUGAACAUUGUCGAGGACUGAAUCUCAUGUCAUAUCACACCACUUAGUUAAAGGCCUUAGCUUUUGCUUUUUGGACUUGUUGCCAUCUGAAAAUCUGUUAUUGUGGUCAGAAAAUGUAAACCCAUAAUAUUGUCACUGUCAGUGUUUUUACUUUUUUAAAUGUUGGUUUUCUAAUUGAGAAGAACGAUUCAUUGCUUUUUCUUUUUUAGUUUUGUUAAGUAGUUUUGCAUUAUGGCAGGGAACUGAUUUGUUGCAUGUGUCUCUGUCUUCCUAUAACAUGUGGAUCUCAGUGACCUACACAUGCAGUUGCUUGACAGACAUAACAUGACUUAAGUUUAUAUCCAAAAUUAUGUAUUCGUUGUAAUUAGUUGCUUAGUCCUCUUGUAGAUGUUUUUUUUUUUUUUUUUAAUCACAAGGAUGGUUUAUUAUCUUAUUUCUCCAUAUUAACUGGUUUAGGGAUAUUUUGUGGAUUGACCCAAAUGAAUUACUUUGGUUGUGCUUGUGCCUAUGUUUCAUGUUGAGCUAUAUUUGUCUAAAAGGCUGAGGUUAUAUUUGUCAUAUGAAUCUAAAUAAAAGUCUUAUGAUGAA